AUGGGAGCACAAGCGUCAAAGCCGGAGGCGUCUGCCCCUGCUGCUCAGCAAGAGAAGAUCAGCCUCAGCCAGUCGAUGCUCAACAAGAUCAGCGACGCAACGGGUGGAGCUGUAGGUGGGGAUGGUAAGCAAGACUCUAAGCAAGCCGCAUCGUCUACUUCCGUGCCUUCAUCAUCAUCAUCAUCAUCCUCAACGUCCUCGCCUCUCUCCGACCUUCUCCCGGCCACUCGCCAGUCCAAGCUCGACUCGUCCGUCCGCUCUCAGAUCAGCUCAGAGCUCUCCCGCCUGCGCAAGCAAGAGGCUGCCGUUCAAGAGGAGAUUCGCCGCAAACUUGAGGAGGAGAACCUCGCCAUCGAAGGCAAGACAGGCUCUUCCAGCUCAGCAUUGAAGCCAGGAAGUAGUCGCACUAGCUCUUCUCUGGAAGCAGAGCUCGCCUCCGUCCGCAAACGCAUCGAGCGUCACGAUGAGGGCCGCAAGCUCGUCGAGCAGUCCUCGCCGCUGGUCAAGGAGACGAGGCAGAAGGUCGAGGAGUGCUACAAGAAGAAUCAGGGGAAGACUCUGGAUUGCUGGAAGGAGGCGAGGGACUUCACAGCUGCUGUAGAGAGGGCAGAGAAGGAUCUGGUGGCCAAGUUAGCUGUUUGA